AUGACCGGGACAGUGGGGCCCAUGACCCGCAGGCCCAGUGGCCAGGCACCCCUGGGGACUCCCGAGCCUCCCGGACCAGAGGCCAGAGGCCACUGUCCCCUCCUGCUGCCCAGGCUGGGGGACACGCACUGCCCAGGCUCUGUCAUCCCCCCUGCAGGGGACCAGUGCCCGCUGGGGCGGGAGACACGUGACCACCCGAGGAAGCGGGACGUUCUGGGGGCUGCUGGCGCCGUGCCACCUGCACAGGGCGUCUGGGCAGCUGGAGAAGGGGCAGGGCCCAGCGCCCUCAGUGGACGUGACGGGCCCGGCCAGACGCUGCCCCUCCUGGCCUGCGGAGGCUCCGGGGGUCAGACGCAGACCCCCGAGGAGGUGCCCGACCCUGGGCCCGGCAGGGACCCCCACGACUCCGUGUGCUGUGCAGGUGAGGUGUGCCACAAGUCCUACACGCAGUUCUCCAACCUGUGCCGGCACAAGCGGAUGCACGCCGACUGCCGCACGCAGAUCAAGUGCAAGGACUGCGGGCAGAUGUUCAGCACGACGUCCUCGCUCAACAAGCACCGGGUAGAGAAGCGGAAGGUGACCGACCCCGUGGGCGUCCUGAAGGAGAAGUACCUGCGGCCCUCGCCGCUGCUCUUCCACCCACAGCCUGCGCCGCCCGGCCUCACGGCUAAACUUAGCGCCGCCAUUGUUCCGGGCCUCGGGCCGGCCGGCCGCUUCCCCUGGCUUUCUUGGGGCCGGGCUGGGAAGGCGUCGGCCAGCCAGGCACAUCCUGCGUUUGUGCUCGAGCUCGAUGGGGUGGGGACAUCUGACCGGGCAGAGACGGCCAGGCUGCGGCCGGCCAGACCUGACGCCAGCUGCCCGGCCCAGGGCCGGGGUCCCAGCGACUGCAGCACCCGGAGAGAAAGACUGCCCCUGCACGGGCGCCUGCAGCCCCGCACUCCCCUGCCGCCCUCGGCCCAAGCGUGGUACGGCGGCACCAGCCCCAGGCGCUCCGGGGAGCCUCGGCGCCCUCCUGGGCCGCCACCCACCGACCCCCAGCGCCGGCCCCCGGAGAAGGGGCUCCGGGCAUUGGGGUCUUGGGCCCCUUGUGCCGCUGACAGCCCGGAAUGGGAGCCGCAUGCCCCCGGCCUGGACUCCCUGGAGGUGCGGCCUGGCGGCUGCCCAAGGGGCACCGUGCAGUUUCGGCUGCGGGAGGCGGGCGUCAGACCCUGGCAGGCAGGAGCGGGGCUGAGGGUGAUGUCCUGGUUUCGGGGCACCUGCCCAGGGGAGGCCUGGAGCCGGCUUCCAAAGGAGCGUCAGGUCGCAGCAUGUUGGGGAGAUGCCGAGUCCUUCUGGGGGGCCCGGGGAGCCGAGGCUGGCGCCCGCGAGCAGCCGCGGGCCCGGGCCACCCCCGAGACGCAGCUUCCCGUGCCAGGACACGGGGAGCCCCGCUGCCCUCCGCCGGCCCCCCAACCCGUGGUGCACCUGUCGGCCACCGGCGCUCAGGGCCCAGGCAGGGUCCCUGCAGCCCAGGGUGUCCAGCGGGGUGCGUGUGUGGCCAGGCGGGGCCGCUCGGCGUCCUCCUGGCCAGGGCCUGUGAACCUUGUGCUCCGGGCAGUGGAGACCUUCCUGACCAAGACACUGGGGCGGAAGCGCGUGCACAAGGGCUCCUUCAAGGACGACCCCCGGUUCUACCAGGAGAUCCGGGAGCGGGGCCUGACCACCAGCGUCGAGUCGGACGACGACUUGUUGGACGACCCUCCCAGCCCCGACGGGGCCCGGAGAGCGGAAGGCCCCAUCGUGGUCAGGAGCUUCCGGCCCCCGCAGAUGACCUGGAGCCAGCUCCCAGAGGUGGUGGAGCUGGGUGUCCUGGACACGCUGUCCGCUGAGGAGCGCAAGCGGCAGGAGGCCAUCUUCGAGAUCCUCACGUCCGAGUUCUCGUACCUGCACAGCCUGGGCGUCCUGGUGACCGAGUUCCUGCAGAGCGCGGGGCUGCGCGCCACCAUGACGCACACGGAGCAUCACCACCUGUUCUCCAACGUGCUGGACGUGCAGGCCGCCAGCCAGCGGUGGGCGGCCCCGGGCAGGAGCACCACGGCCCGGCCGGAGAGGGGCGCCCAGGGCCGCGGACGGGAGGCGUCGGCCCUCGCUAGCCGGUGGGCUGGACCUAGACGACCAAGGACUCAACCCCUCCCGCACCCACCCCCCAGGAAGACCCUCUGGGGCUGGGGGCCCGGCCCCCCAGAACCCCAGGAGCGCGUAGCACCUCACACCAGGGUGUCCCCCCAGACGCUCUGCGUCAAGAGCCAGGGCCACCCGGAGAGGUACAGCGCCGCCUGCCACGCCCUCAAGGCCAUCAGCAAGCUGGUGAAGAGCUGCAAUGAGGGGGCCCGCCAGAUGCAGCGCAUGGAGCAGAUGUACACGCUGCACACACAGCUGGACUUCAGCAAGGUCAAGUCGCUGCCCCUGAUCUCCGCCUCGCGCUGGCUGCGGAAGCGGGGUGAGCUCUCGGUGGUGGAGGAGGCCGGCCGCUUCUGGAGGCUGGCCAGCCGGCUGGCCUGCUACCUCUUCCUCUUCAACGACUUCCUGGUGGUCACCAAGAAGAAGAGCGAGGACAGCUUCGUGGUCCAGGACUACGCCCAGGUGGACGCCGUCCAGGUGCAGAAGGUGGAGCCCUCGGAGUCGGCCCCGCUGGGGGUCAGCCACCGGGGCUCCUCCGUGCCACACCCCUUCCGGGUGACGCUGCUGCACAACAGCGAGGGCCGCCAGGAGACGACCCUGCUGUCCUGUGCCUCCGCGAGCGACCGGGCGCGGUGGAUCACAGCCCUCUCGCACGGCCAGAAGCAGGCCCCCGAAAGCAAGGAAGGGCCGGAUGCCCAGGGCCGACCUCCCCGCUGGGGCCCUGACCCCACCAGCACCCCCUUUCUGAGCAUGUUCCCGGGGCCACCUGCCAAUGCCUGA